AUGGACAUUGAGACCAUACCAGGAGCCACAGUUGGAAGCAAGCAGAGGUUCUUCAGGCUCUACAUGUGUUUCCAAACACAAAAGAAAGCAUGGAAGAAGACUUGUAGGCCAGUUAUUGGCUUAGAUGGAGCUUUUUUGAAAUGGGACAUCAAGGGACAGUUGUUGGUUGCGGUUGGAAGAGAUGGAGACAAUAGGAUUGUCCCUAUUGCUUGGGCUCGUUUGGCCUUGGAUUUGGGAUUGGAAGAUGGGAAAAGCUUUGUUAUAAUGUCUGACAAACAAAAGGGAUUAGGGAAGGCAGUUCAUAACCUCCUUCCAGAAGCUGAGCAUAGGCAGUGUUGUCACCAUAUAUAUGAGAACUGGAGGAAAGGUGGAAAAGAUCUAAGGUUACAAAGGUUCUUCUGGUUCAUUGCAAGGAGCUACACUCCUGGUAUGUUCAACUACAACAUGGACGAGCUAAAGAACUAUGAUCCAGGCGCACAUGCAUCUCUGAUAAAGACAAAGCCAGAGACUUGGUCUAGAGCUUUUUUCAAGAUAGGCUCCUACUGCAAUGAUAAUCUGAACAAUUUGUCUGAGUCCUUCAACAAGACCAUCAGGGAGGCUAGGAAGAAGCCUCUGCUAGACAUGUUAGAGGAGAUAAGGCGCCAAUGUAUGACUAGGAACUACAAUAGGUCUAAGAUGGCUACCGACAGGAAGACUAGGUUCACCAAGAAGACACAUAAAGAGUUAGACAGGGUUGAGAAGAAGUCCAACGGGUGUAGUCUGCGUUGGGCAAUUGGGCCAGAGACUAAGGUGGAGUAUAAAGACCAGUCAUAUGUUGUGAGUUUGGAGAAGGACACUUGUGCAUGUCGAAGCUGGCAAAUCAAUGGUAUUCCAUGCAUCCAUGAUGCUAAGGUCAUCCUUGGUGCGGGCAGAAAACUCUCUGAAUUUGUUGCUCCUUGCUACACAACCUCUAAGUGGCGUGAAACGUAUAGUUAUGGGAUCAGACCUGUAAAUGGGAUGAUAGAGUGGCCUCAGACCAAUACAUUAGGUGUGAUUCCACCACCUAAUCGAAAUGGCAAUCCUGGUAGGCCUAAAAAUCAUGAUAGAAAGAAGGGAGCUAAUGAGACACUGUCUACUACCAAGCUGAGCCGUGUGAACAGAGUUAUGACAUGCUCUAACUGCAAAGAAGAAGGCCACUACAAGAAUACAUGUCGGAAUGCUUAUGUUCAGAGUCCAGCUAAGAAACCAAGAGGCAGACCAAGAAAAAAUCAGGGACUACAUUUUGAAGAGUCACAAGCUCAAUUCUCACAAGCUCACUCCUCACAAGCUCAAGCAUCACCAUGGGAAGUUCCACAAUCUUCACAAGCUCACUCCUCACAAGCUCAAGCAUCACCAUGGGAAGUUCCACAAUCUUCACAAGCUCAAGCAUCACAGACAGGAGCGUGGGGAAGAUGGUUUUCUUAG